AUGCACGCCUCCCUCGUACGCCGACAACUUGGUGGAUUGAUUCCUCCCAAAAUCGCUUCUCCGGGCCUCCUGUCGGGAGGUUCUGGCGAUGGCCUUUCGCCACUCGUAAACUUCUACUCCAAGCUGCCGAAGGGACCAGCACCUGCUUCUACUGGUCGUGGCCUCAAAGCCAAGUUCUUUAGCGGUAGCAAUGCGUCUGGUGCCCCAAUCGUUGCCACCAUUUUCGGGAUCUUUGCUUUAGGAUACACAAUCGACUAUCAGAUGCACUUGAAGCACCACAAGAAUCACGCCCACUAA